AUGAGCAGCAUGGCUGCCGCAUCGCUGGACUCUAUUGCUGCAGGAGAGCAACUUAUGCAACUCGACCAGGCUAUUACUUUGACACUGCAAGAAAUUGAUGAAAACUUUUCUCAAGCACACCAAAUCGUCACCUCACGAAUAUUGCCUGCCAUCCGUGAAUACGAGUCAUCAUGCUCUCAAACUUGGCAGAGUGCGCGGUUUUGGAAGCAGUUUUUUGAAGCUUCUGCACAAGUAUCACUGUCCCAGCAACCUUUCGAAGAAGUAGAUGGAUCUAUCAAUAAUUGCUCUGAUACUACAGAAAAUCAGGUUCUAGCCAAGGGCUCGCAUGAUGAUAUUACACAUGUAACCCAAGAGAGCGGUCCAAUGGCAUCCCCCCCUCGCAUGAGCACAAGUGUUUAUGCCUAUUCAAAUGACAGUUCGCAACUUGAUACACCAUUUGAGCGACUAAAACGAGAUGUUGAGGCUAGUCGGCAAGAUGAUUUGAACAAAGCGCCAGAAAGGCCUCUUAAAGAGGCGGACAUGUCAAUGCCUACAGAUUCAUCUGUGAUAUUGUCUGAUAUUCCCAAAUCGUCAAGUCCCACUAAAUUGAGACGGCGUUCCUCAGCUCGGCCACGUAUUAGUGUUGUAGCCAGCCGGGAUGGACAACCGACAACCAAUCCCUUCACGACUGGUGACACGUCGAAGUCUUGGAAUGGCAUUGCUGAUCUACGGACAACACCACUCCGUUCGAAUCAGCAUUAUCGUGAUGAGAGUGGUGAUACAUCAUUAGCUCUGCCUGAUGGUAUGUCACCACCUGUAACGAUGCAAUUCAGUGUGCCGCAAAGCAAAUACAAGAAAACGCCGGCCAAAGAAGCUGCAAGAAGAGUCGUCCACGAUUUGCUGCGCUCUGUGGGAGGAGACGAGGGCGAUCUCACUUUAAAUGAUGUUUCACCCAGCACUGCCGCAUCCCAAACCACACAACGGAAAAGUGUAGUGGGUACCCCAUUGUCUAAAGAAACCCAUCACCGACGUGAUUCAUUGCCAACGCCGCCGACUAUUACAAAAGUGUAUGAAAGUACAGAAAGAUCUAAUGGUCGCGCUGAAGCAAUACAUAGUCGGGCGAAUCUUCUGCUGGAUUCGGGUGAAGGCAUGUUUGAAAACACGUUUGUUGGUGAAGAUGAAGAGAGCGAUGAAGAUGACGAGGACGAGGAAGAAGAUACCUCGUCUUGA